AUGGAUAGAAAAUCUGCUAGAAUAAAAGCAGAGUUGCAAAGAUAUGGUUGGAGAGUUUCGAAGAAUUUUAAAUAUAGGAAGGGAAGACCCAUAAAAGUCUAUGACAAAUUGUCUGGUCUUCGCUACGAAAUGGAUUUGGAAACAGCACGUGCCAAUUAUCCAAACAGACUAGAGAGGUUAGAAGAAGAACGUCUUAUGGACAUGCCUUUCGAUGUUAGUGAACCUCAAGUUGAAGGACACGACGGCUUUGCCAGAUUCUACUGGAAACAUGACGAACAAUUGCAUCCUUUGAGAAGGAAAAAAGGUAGUGCAGAGGAUGGUCAUGCUCCCAUGGAAAGAACAAGAUAUGCAUAUGAGAAGUACCGUGAAGUUAGAAGUCAAAUUACAUCUGGUCGAACCUUUACAGUAAACUUUGACGAAGGAAAGAACAAAGA